UAAUGCGUCUUCCUCUUCUUCUAGGAAACAAACAUCUGCUGCCUAUAAACAUUAUAAUUUUUCAAAUAGUCAAUGGCAUUGUAAAUAUUGCAGUAAGAAUUUUGGUGAUUCAUCGACAACAACAUUAUGGAGACACUUUAAUAAUAAUCAUUCAAAAAAAUAUGGAGUAAUAACUGGCCCUAUGGAUAAAUUUUGUAAUUCUAAUAAUAAUCUACCAGAAGAGUUUACGCAAGAAGGUUUUAGACAAAAGUUGCUUCAUUGGAUAAUAAUUAAUGAUCAACCAUUUGUUGUUACUGAAGACCAAUCUUUUGGAGAGAUGCUAACAUAUAUAAAACCUGAUAUCAAUAUUUCAUCACCAGAUACUGUUUGUCGUGAUUUAUCAAAAAAAUUUAAAGAAACCAAAGAAUUGGAAACACCUGGACUUAUUUCAUUCACAGUUGAUGCAUGGACCAGUAGGAAUCAACUUCCAUUCCUUGGAAUAAAUGUGCAUUUUAUUGAUAAAGAAUGGAAUCUAAAAAAUACAUUAUUAGAUUUUUGUAUUCUUUCUGGGCCACAUUCUGCAAUUGGAUGUGACAAUGCUUACAACAUGAAUACCAUGCUUUGUAAUAUUUCAAAUGUUUUGGCUAGACAAAAUAUAUUUUUUGAUCCAGAAAAUCAACAUGUUCGCUGUCUUGCCCACAUAAUUAAUUUGGCAGCAAAAAAAGCUUUAGGAAAACUUCAUGCAAUUGGACCUGAUGAUGAUAAUUAUAUAUUAGAAGAAGAAGAUACAAGUGAAAAUUUAAAUAAUGUGGUCUACAAGCUUCGUAAAUUAAUAAUUAAAAUUCAUGCAUCACCACAAAGACAUGAACUUCUUAAGCAGCAGUGCAUUGCUGUUAACAUCAAACCAUUAGAACUUAUUCCAGAUGCACUUCAUAAUAUUGCAUCAUCACAAAGAGAACUUAAAACUUAUGUACUCUUAGAUAGUGAGUGGAUUAGCAUAAAGGAGAUCCUUAAAUUCAUGCAGCAUUUCAAAAAAGCUACAGAUUACAUAUCAGGACAUUUGUACCCUACACUUGCAUUCAGCAUUCCAGUAUUUAAUUUUUUGUUGGAUAAAAUAGAAGAUACAAUUGACAAUUCAAACACAAAACCAAAUAUAAAAAAUGCAGCAGAAGCAGCUGCAGAAAAAGUCAAAGAAUAUUAUCCAACAACUGAUGGUCGAAUUUAUAUAAUUGCCACUAUUAUGGAUCCUAGGUUGAAAAUGAAUUAUUAUAAAGAAAAUGAAUGGGAAGAUUUAUAUAUUUUGGAAGCAGAAAAGGUAGUAACUAAUAUUUGGGAAUCAACUUAUAAAAACAAUUCUUUAAAUGAUGAACAAAUUUAUGAAGAUACUGCAGAAGAUGAUCUUUUUCUGCAUAUUUUUAAAAAGCAAAGAACAGUUAGAGAUAAUGAUGAAUUAAAAACUUAUCUUAGAGAGCCAGUCGUAAAUAGUAAAACAGAUGUUCUUUUGUGGUGGAAGUAUCCAAAUCUAUCCAAAAUGGCCCAAGAUUAUUUGGCAAUACCAGCCACAAGUGCACCAAUAGAAUGA